GGCUUUGAAUACGGCAGGAGUGGAAACCCGACCCGAAAUUGUCUGGAGGAGGCCAUCGCAUCCCUGGAAGAAGCAAAAUACGGUCUAUGCUAUUCCUCUGGUCUGUCAGCACAGGUGAACAUAACAAACCUUUUGGAGGCCGGAGACCAUAUCGUAUGUUUUGAUGAUCUUUACGGCGGAACCAAUCGAUACUUCCGGACGAUUGCCGCCAGAUUUGGUCUCGAAAUAAGUUAUGUGGACGCAAGGGAUCCACAGAAUGUGCACAAAGUUCUUAAGCCAAACACCAAACUUGUUUGGAUGGAAACGCCAACCAACCCAACCAUGAAAUUAGUUGACAUCAAAGCUGUGGCAGAAAUUGUGAAGAGCGAGGCUUCACAGGCUAUACUCGUUGUGGACAACACUUUCAUGAGCUCUUACUUCCAAAAGCCGCUCACUUUAGGCGCAGACGUCGUCAUGCAUUCAUUGACUAAAUAUAUGAACGGUCACGCGGAUGUAGUGAUGGGAGCCAUCGCUACCAAUUCCCCCGAUAUUUUCGAAAGACUUAAAUACCUUCAAAACUCACUGGGAGCCGUUCCGUCGCCUUUUGAUUGUUUUCUGGUAAACCGCGGCCUUAAGACUCUGGCCGUGCGUAUGGAACAGCACCAGAAGAAUGGCUUAGCUGUGGCCAGAUUUCUAGAGUCUCACCCAAUGGUGAGGAAAGUGAUUCAUCCGGGUCUGGAGAGUCACCCGCAGCACGAGCUGGCAGUGCGCCAGUGCUCGGGCUUCAGUGGAAUGGUAUCCGUGUAUAUAGAGGGCGACGGAGAGACCGCUAAUGUGUUCCUCAAAAAUCUCAAACUAUUUAUUUUGGCGGAGAGUUUGGGAUCUGUGGAGAGUCUGAUUGAGAUCCCG